AUGCCCAUCUGCCAGGCGUUGCAGGCUUGCUGCGGGCAAGCAGCAGUGAUGGAGGGCUCCACGGUGAUAUGCACCUACCGUGACCUUUGGGACCGCUCCAAGCUGUGCGCUCUGGCGCUGACCGAGCUUGGGGUCAAGCACGGCGAUGUCGUGGCCACGCUGGCAUGGAACACCACACGUCACAUGGAGGCUUGGUACGGCAUCAUGGGGCUGGGGGCGGUCUGCCACACCCUAAACCCGCGGCUGAGCGCCAAGGACAUCGCAUGGAUUGCAAACCACGGGCGCGACACCUGGAUCAUGGCGGACGCCACGUUCCUGCCGCUGCUGGAGCAGAUCCUGCCGCUGUGCCCAAGCGUUAGGGGUGUCAUCCUGCUGACAGACAGGCAGCACAUGCCACGGGCCGCGCCCGUGGACAGGCCCUGCCUCUGCUACGAGGCGCUGCUUGAUGCGCAGGUGGAGCGCCUGGCCGCCUUCCAGUGGCCAGAGCUGGACGAGAACACCCCCUGCGGCCUGUGCUACACCUCAGGCACCACCGGCAACCCCAAGGGCGUCAUGUACACCCACCGCAGCAAUCUGCUCCAUGCAAUGAUCACCAUCAUGCCUGACGCCCUGGCCCUGGGCAGCAGCACCACCAUGCUCAUGGUGGUGCCCCAGUUCCACGCCAACUCCUGGGGCAUUGCGUUUGCCGCCCCGAUGGUGGGCUGCCGCCUGGUCCUGCCCGGCCCCCACCUUGAUGGCGAAAAUGUUUACCACAUGAUCGAGGCCCACGGGGUCACCAUAUCGGCAGGCGUGCCCACAGUCUGGGCCAACCUGCUGGCCCAUGUGGAGCGCCACGGCCUGCGCUUCAGCCGGCUCAAGGCCAUUGUCAUCGGUGGCGCCGCCGCGCCGCGGUCGCACAUCGCGGCGUUUGAGGACCGCGGCGUGGAGGUGCGGCACAUGUGGGGCAUGACCGAGCUGUCGCCCCUGGGCAGCCUGGGCCUCCCCAAGUACAGCCAGGUGGAGGGCGGCCUCAGCGAGGCCGAGCUGCGGGACCUGAAAUUGGCGCAGGGCCGGCCCCAUGCGUUCUGCGACAUGCGUAUCGUGGACGACUCGGGGCGCGAGCUGGCGCACGACGGCACCUCGGUCGGCCACCUGCAGGUGCGGGGCCCCAUUGUCGUGGAGCGCUACCACCGCCAGGACCGGCCCGCCACCACCGGCGGCCGUUGGUUCGACACUGGGGACGUCGCCUCCAUCGACACCCUGGGCUUCAUGCGCAUCACAGACCGCAGCAAGGAUGUGAUAAAGUCUGGGGGCGAGUGGAUCAGCAGCAUUGCGCUGGAGAACGCUGCGCUGGGGCACCCCAAGGUCCAAGAGGCGGCCGUCAUCGGCGUCCCCCACCCAAAGUGGGACGAGCGCCCGCUGCUCGUCGCGGUGCCCAAGCCCGGCGCCGCCCCCGACGACGCGCUGCGGCGCGAUGUCCUGGCCUUCAUGGCGUCGCACCCCGACGUUGCCAAGUUUGCCGUGCCUGAUGAUGUGCUGUUCGUGGAGGCCAUUCCUUACGGCGCCACUGGCAAGGCGAGCUUGGGGUGUCAAAUAUCCAAGGUGGCGCUCCGCGCGAUGGUGGCGCAGCAGUCCCAGCAGCAGCCGCAGCGGCACCUGAGCAAGCUGUGA